UUCUUGACAUUUCCGGUUCGCUGUCCUGGUUUUAAAACAUUGCAAAAUACCCUACAUCUGAAGAUCUCAUUCGACAAUGGUUCACAAUUGCACAAAAUCCAGACUCCCAACGCAAUGAAUAAACGAGCCUUGUUGCCACCCCUAUUACCUUGAGGUUUGGAUUUGAUCAUAUAAUCUUGUGUUUGCAUCAGUCUCGGGAGUCUCCUCAAACUGGAAAGGUGACACAAUUAACGGAAGAGGAAAUCUCUGACUUUUCUGGUAAGCAAAUAGGCUUCAUUUGACGGUGGAAAAAUGUAUUCUUUUGGUAGAAAUUGCUUGAAACAUGGUUGCUCCUCUCUGAGAAACUUUUUGAAUCAUCUAUGCUCUGCAAACUCAUUUGGGCAGCAGUUUCAUGAAUCAGCUGUGCUCAAUAGUCUCAUUGGACAAAAAUCCAAGAAAUUUACUCUUUACGAGACUCAUAAAAUUGAACCCGUUCCCCAAAUCUCUUCUAAGAAAACUCCACGGCUGUGUGAACCCCCUUGCUUUGCUUCUCAUUAUUCGACGAAGCCACCUUCAAGGUCAUUCCGAAGAAGAGCUCGCAAGAGACUAUUAAAAUCCUUGAAGCCUACUCUAGACCAAGCCCAAUUCCAACUGGCCAUGUCCCAACUGUCCCCAAGGUUUACUCCUGAAGAACUCUGUAAUGUUAUUACUUUUCAAGAAGACCCACUAGUUUGUUUGGAGCUCUUUAAUUGGGCAUCACAACAACCCAGGUUUCGGCACAAUGCCACCACUUAUCACAUAACCAUCCAGAAGCUCGGUGCAGCACAAAUGUACCAAGAAAUGGAUGAUAUUGUCAAUCAAGUGCUUGCGGUUCCAUUAAAUUGUUCAGAGGCACUUUACAAUACUAUAAUAUAUUAUUUCACUGAAGCUCGAAAGUUGACUCGAGCUGUCAAUAUUUUUAACCACAUGAAAAGUAGCAGAAAUUUGAGUUGCAAGCCUUCUAUCAGAACCUAUAAUAUCCUUUUUGCGGCACUGUUGAGCAGAGGAAACAACUCUUACAUAAAUCAUGCUUAUAUGGACACUAUUAGAUGUUUGUUUAAGCAAAUGGUCAACGAUGGGAUAGAGCCUGAUAUAUUUUCUUUGAAUUCCAUGAUUAAAGGUUAUGUGCUUUCUCUCCAUGUUAAUGAUGCACUCAGGAUAUUCCAUCAGAUGGGCAUGGUUUAUGCUUGCAAGCCUAACUCAUUUUCUUACGAUUACUUGAUACACGGGUUGUGUGCGCAAGGAAGAACAAAGAAUGCUCAAGAGAUAUGUGACGAAAUGAAGACUUCAGGCUUCACCCCAAGUAGUAAAUCUUAUAAUUCACUUGUCAAUGCUCUGGCACUUGGUGGAGAGAUUGAGGAAGCAAUGAGAUAUCUGUGGGAGAUGACUGAAAAUCAGAGGUCAGUUGAUUUUAUUACAUAUAGGACUGUGCUGGAUGAGAUAUGUAGACAAGGAAGAGUUCAGGAGGCCAUGAAGUUAUUGCGGGAUUUUCAAGAGAAGGACCUCUUGGAUGGGCAUGCUUACAGAAAACUUCUUUAUGUGCUGGAAGAUGACUAUGGGAAUUCAGUUAGCAAAGUUGAUCCAGGAGUAUUCCACAACAGCACUUUUGUUCAUGGCAGGAUCCAAUAAAAAAAAAAAAAAAGAUUUAUCACUGCCUGAUGCAUAUUCAAAGCAAUAUUCCCUUAGUUCAUCCCAUUCCUUACAAUGUUCUUGAUCAAGAUUGACAGCGAUGAAAGCAAUUCCCAGAAGAGAUAAGAUGGUUCUCAUAUUGUAUAUUGGAUUACAUCAUAUCAGGUGGAAGCAUCAUUUGGAAGAACGGUGACCCACCAAAAACACAGAUCUUGUUAAUCCCCAUAUGCAGAAUAUGCUGAAAGAAGGUGGAUAAUGCUUUGAUUGAUGAUCGAAGGAUACAUGUGGAUUUUAGUCAGUGUGUGGCAAAAAUAUGGUCACAAUAUUGGCGCAAAGAUCGAACUGGUAAAGGUAAGGAUAGAGAUGUUUAUGUCUGGUCCUUUUCAAGGAGUUGCGCAGAAUGCCUUCUCUAGUUUUUUUUUCUUUUUUAUUUCACCAUGCAGGUAUUUGGAUGUAAACAAUUGCUAUCAUAAUGUUGAUACAAAAUCGUGUGUAGUUAAGGGCUGCUUCAAAUGUGGUUCUUCAGAUCACAUUGCCAAAGAUUGCACUGCGAAUGCCAAAAAUAACCAAACCACGAAGUACAUCUUGAAGGAUGACAAUGCCCAACAUGAUGGGGAUAAUGCCAGUUAUGAAAUGGUGUUCGAUAGAGAUGACAGGUAGAGUCCAAGGCAAGGAAAGUGACACAGAAGGCAUGACAAGGAUGACUCAAUUGAGAGGAAAAGUAAUGCAUAGGGGUCGCAGGGAUCAAGAGAUGGUAGGCUCAGACAAGAGAGAUACGUUUGGUGAUAGAAGCAUCAAAGGAAGAUAUAAAAGAGGUGGAAGAGAUGCGGAUUCCCGCGUGUAGAGGAAGGACAGAGAUAAGUAUUUGGAAAGACAUAAGAGACAACUAUGGUUAUGGUCAGAAAGAUGAUCGAGACUCUAGGAAGAGAUACGUGGAUGAUAGCCGUACGGAGAGACGGCCGGAUGCAGAUUAUCGGAGAACAGUGGACAAGGAGUAUAGCAGGGAUAGGGAGAAGAGGAAGAAGGAUGGUUCAUGUUCAGCUGAUGAUGGCCAUGACGACAGGAGAAGAAUGGAUGACAGAGAUCAUAGGACUAAAAAGGGAGACCAGAUCAGGCAAGACUCGAAGAAUGAGUCCAGAGAGAGAAAGUAUAGAUGAUGAUGAUGAUGAAGAUUACAGGCGUCGAAGGGAAGAACGUGACAUAGAAGAAGAGACAUUGAGUUCAAUGAUGAUUGACAUAGGAGACAUCAUAAUGACGGGAGAUGACUUUAGAUACAGAGAUCAGGGCGGAAGAGUUAAUUGAAAAUUAAUUGAAAUUAUUGGUAUGAAAUGUGUAGUUCUAAUAUAAUUUACAGAAGUUCAGGUGUUUAGCUGUAUCACCUGAUAAUCCUUCACAUGGGUAUUUUCUGACCAUGGGAACUCCUGAAAAUUCACUGCAGUUAAAUA